AUGGCGGCACCGCUGGACGCUGAAGAAAAUGAGCGAUUCUCCUCACUAGCUCUCUUUUUUGUACUCUUCACUCUCAUUAUCAGCUUUCUCACGAGCUACUACCUAAAAAUAAAGCGGAUCACGGCUGUACAUGAAACUAUUGUCGGCUUGUUCGCUGGUAUGAUUGUAGGGGUGCUAUUGCGACUGGGACCGUUAAAGCCCGUGCGAGAGAUGUUGCGCUUCAGUAACACCAUUAUGCUGAAUGUACUUCUACCACCUAUCAUCUUAUCUAGUGGAUAUGAGCUCAGCCAGUCAAAGUUUUUUCGCAAUUUCGGCACCAUUAUCACCUUUGCCUUUUUCGGCACUUUUAUUAGCGCCAUGGUGAUUGGAGCCAUAAUUUGGACUGCUUCAUCUCUCUAUUUACUUCGACCUCAUUUAUCUCUGAUCGAAUGUCUCAUUUUCGGAAGCACAUUAAGUGCGACUGACCCUGUUACGAUUCUUGCGAUAUUCAACACAUAUAAAGUUGAUCCGCAACUCUACAACAUCAUUUUUGGAGAGAGCAUUCUCAAUGAUGCCGUGUCAAUUGUUAUGUUUGAAACACUUAAUACACUUCGCGGAUCUAAGCUAACAUUAUCUUCUUUAUUUUCUGGCACGACCAUUUUUGCCGCUGUUUUCUCUCUCAGUAUGAUAUUGGGAAUCAUGUAUGGACUAGCAUGUUCUCUUUUGCUCAAACACACCAAAGUUGGUCUUUUCUCUGAUUUGGAAAGCUGCAUUGUCAUGUUGGUGGCUUAUACAAGCUACUUUUUUAGCAAUUCCGUCGGAAUGAGUGGCAUUGUGUCAUUACUAUUUUGCGGUAUUACCCUAAAGCAUUAUGCAUAUCACAGCAUGUCGCGCAAAACGCAGAGAAGUACUCGUUUUUUCUUUCACACGCUCUCUAGCUUGUCGGAAAAUUUCAUCUUCAUUUAUUUGGGUCUCAGUUUGUUCACGGGUGAUCACUUAGUGUACCGUCCUUUCUUGAUUCUAUUUACAAUUUUUGCAGUGAUCGUGUCAAGGUACUGCGCUGUGUUUCCCAUCGCUUGGAUACUAAAUAAAAUUAGCGACAUGCGCGCUCAGCAUCGCCACACUUCUUCCUCUGGUUUUCCACAGCCACCAGCAUUCCAAAUACCACGCAAAUACCAACUUAUGCUGUUUUGGGCCGGACUUCGUGGUGCUGUCGGCUUUGCUCUUAGUGAAGGCAUUGAUGGACCCAAUGCCUACCCCCUGCAAACAAGUGUCCUCGUUGCUGUUGUUAUCACUGUCAUUGUGUUUGGUGGCACUACGGCUCAGAUGCUUGAUGUGCUAGAAAUCGACACGGGCAUUGAAAACCAGAGUGAUGCCUCGUCAGACACCGAAGAAGACAUUGAUCAAUUAACGUGGGGUGGCUCAGCCGAAGAGGGCCAAUCUCGUGCCUGGUAUCGUGAUACAUCGGUCGAGCCUAACGAUGGUCCCACAACGGGAGUUGAUACCAACGAAGUGAUACCUGGCCUUGAUGGCACUUCAAGCGCUCUGCCCCAGGCCAUUGUGGCCGGACCUGGCGGCUUGCGGAAUUGCACGACAGAUGAGCUUGAUGAGCAAGCCGAUGUGUCCGUGUCCGACUCAAAUCUUUCUGCACGCGAUGUGAUUGACAGAGCAAAUCUUAUCUUUCGUGAUGGCGAGUGGUUCCAACGUAUUGAUGAGCGAUACCUUUUACCUAUGUUCAGUAAUACCGUUGCCAACCGCAAACAUGAGCAGCGCAAAGAAUAUUUGACUGCCCGCCGCCAAAGCUCAAGAAUAGCAUCGAGCAAUGGAUCACAAGCACUAGUUGUGCCUCAUGAUACGAGUGCGGACUUAGAAGAGCAAAGUGGCCGCAUUUCACCAGGAAAGAACAAAUUGCAUUAG